CAGACGGCUUCGAAAACCCAAUCGAAUAUUUUGAAGAGUGCAUGGUAUUCUUUAAAAAAUAUCAGCAUCUAUUUAAAUAUCCCAAUACCGAUAUUUUAGUAAAAAACAUUUUAGAUCAGAUUCAAGUUGAUUUUUUAAAUAACAUAGAUGUCUUUGCUGAUGAUUUUGAUCUUAGUACAAUACGUAGUGACUAUUUAACGGAUUUUUAUCGAAGAUUAAAUAAAUUGACAGUGCAAUAUGUUGAAUUUGAAAAUAAAGAUUUGGAAUUUUUAAUCGAUGUGCCGCUGAGUGUUAAGAAGAAGCACGAAAUAGCGUACUUAGCUAAAGAAAUCGAAAUAUUAGCAAAGGAUUCAAACUGCGAAACUGUCGUCGAUUUUGGGUCAGGAUUGGGAUACUUGGAUCAGCAAAUAUUUAAAACGACGGGUUAUAACGUUUUAGGUCUAGAAUGCAAUGAGACGCAUUACGUUGGUGCUAAAAAACGUCAAAGGAAAUACCACAGUGAUUCAAUUGAUCACGUUAAAUAUGUAAAACAUACUGUUAAUGAAGAAUCAUACGUAAAUAUAGAUGAAUAUAUAGAAGAUAAAUUUGUAAGCUGUAAUAGUUUUUGUAUAGCAGGCUUACACGCGUGUGCAGACUUGACCAUAGACGCGAUGAAUAUAUUUUUGAAAAUGGAAAAAGCGCGCGCUAUUCUAAUAAUGCCGUGUUGCUAUCAUAGAAUACUUGAAAAAACUAGUUGUAAGUUUAAAAAUUUUCCACUAAGCAAUGCUUUAAAAGAUAUAUAUGAAAAAUACAAUGGAAGUGAUUAUUUGACGGUGCCGUUUUUGAGGUUAGCAACACAACCUCCGAAUGCUUGUAAAGAAAAAAUGGAAGACUUGGUUUUUAAUUUGCUAGCACGAGCUGUUCUACAACUUUAUAGUUCUGAACACAAUUGUCAGCUUAAAAGAAAUAAACGUAAAGCAGUAAGAUUGAAAUCAAUCGGAAAUAAUUUUGAAGAAUACAUACACGAUGCUAUUUCCGGCUAUAGAUUAAUAUGCAAUAACACAGACAAUAGCAAGAAUAGUACAAUUUUGGAUACUGAACAAUUGUCUAGAAUAUGGCGCGAAAUUCCUCCAUUGACGUUUAAAAAGGCCGCCAUUUUUAUUUUUCUUCAAAAUGUUUUGCAACCGGUUUGCGAAAAUUUUAUUUUAUACGACAGAUUAUUUUACUUACAAGAGAAAGGAAUAAAAAAAUGUAAAUUUAAGAAAAUCGCUAAUGAAAAUAUAUCACCUCGUUGUUUAGCUUUAUUGGCUCAAAAGUAGUUGUUUUUUAUCUACUUCACUUGUUGGUAGGGCUUUGUACAAGCC